AUGGUUGCUCACCAUUGUCUUCGGCAGACCGCGGCGUCUGCCUACCUUUCUUGUUCCGGAAUUAACGCCGCGAACCGCUUUUUCGGAUCCGCAGCAACUCCGUUCGUUGGAAAGCACAACGCCGGCUUCCUGCGCUUCUUCUCCAAAGCAUCUGCGCCUUCCCGCCCCACCACACCUUCGAGUGACUUGGAUGCUUUGAAAAACGCGGCCGUUUCGGCCGCCAAGGGAGUUGUCGAAACGGCCAAAACUGUUCCAGAGCUGUUCGCCGGCAGACCCGCGAACGUUGCGGCACAAAGUGGAAAACUCGAAGGCUCCUUGCUGCCUCCUCCUCACAUCCCGGGGAUUCGGCGAGCGCCGCGCGAGCCGGCGACGCCCAAGAUGGCCGGAAUGGAAGGGCGGAUGCCGAUUCGCCUUCCACCUGAAGGCUCGCGCUUCCGCAAAUACAUCGAUCCCCGGGCGGAUUUUUACUUUCCUCUCACGGCGGUCCUGGUGACGAUCGGCCCACUCUACAUGUUCUCCAAGGCCUUCUUUUGA